CAUAUUUCAGACUUCGUCCGUGUCCAGAUCACCUUAGAUCUGGUCAUCAGAACCUGAUGGAUGUCCCACACUGUCCUGAAGACCUGUGUGGAAAGAGCCUUCACUUCUACUGUCCCCAAGCUCUGGGAAACUGUCUCUACCAGCAUCAGAUCUAAUGACACUGUGGACUGUUUGAAGUCCAAGUUAAGCAUCAAGUUUUAAAAUGUCUACUGGGAGAUUCUGAUGCUACUGUAAUUGAUCCUUCUAGUUGUAAUAGAAAAUAUCAAUUUAACUAUUUCAUUUAAAUUUGACGUAAUGUUGUUUUGAUACUGUUUUGUGUAUCUGAAUGUGUUGUCACCGUUUAUGUGUCAAAGCACUUAUAUCAUUGGUGUUAGUUGUCCUUUAGUAAGAGAAAACUAGAGGUUUCUCAUAAGACUCACUGUCAGCUGUCAUUUCCUGAUGGUGAUGAUGGGUAUUUUUUUAAACAAAACUCCAAAUGAAUUUGUUCCCUCCAAUGUGGUGAGGGACAGUUUCAUAACAGUGGGUAAGGAUUUGGCUCUCUUUUCCGCCUGGUAUUGGAGGUAAGCUCAGUGUUCUAUUUUUACUGACUAUAUAAUAAUGUAAUGUGUGCUUAUCAGGACUUUUCUACUGACUGUGUUCAGUGAUAUCGGCCUUUGAAAGUUUUUGCCUUUGAAUAAAAAUAUAAAAGAUUAAUUGUUCACUAGUUAUUGGAACAGACUCUCAUUCUUUGACAACACACAUUUCCAUGUCAUAGUUUAUCUUCAUCUUUCUAACUUCUUUGUAUUAUGUUCAUGUGAUGCUCUGCUUUUCUGCUUCAAGGAGUUUUAAUAUAAAACUCUUGGUUAUUUCACUUGUGAAUACUGUUGGAUGAAUAUUUCCUGAUUGUUCCUGUUUCUGUCACAGACUAGACCAGCAGAGCUCAGAGGUUCCCAGUGGUCCAUCUCUCCAGCAGCAUCAAACACAGCUGGACUCCAUAUUUAUGCUGCUGGAGGACAACAUUGUCACUUUUAUGAAGAACGAGUUAAAGAAGAUCCAGAAAUUACUGAGUCUAGAUGAUGAUGAGGUGUUGGAAGGUGAGGAUAAAAAGCAGAGGAGGAGCAACAGAGAGGCAGUGAUGAAGAUCACACUAAACUUCCUGAGGAGGAUGAAGGAGGUGGAGCUAGCUGACCGUCUGCAGAGAAGAUAUUUUGCUGCAGUUUGUCAACAUCAACAUAAAUCUGGUCUGAAGAAGAAGUUCCAGUCUGUGUUUGAGGGGAUUGCUAAAGCAGGAAGUCCAACCCUUCUGAACCAGAUCUACACAGAGCUCUACAUCACAGAGGGAGGGACUGGAGAGGUCAAUGAUGAACAUGAGAUCAGACAGAUUGAAACAGUAUCCAGGAAACCAGACAGACCAGAAACAACAAUAAGACAAGAAGACAUCUUUAAAGUGCCACCUGGAAGUGAUCAACCAAUCAGAACAGUAAUGACAAAGGGAGUGGCUGGCAUUGGGAAAACAGUCUUAACACAGAAGUUCACUCUGGACUGGGCUGAAGACAAAGCCCAUCAGAACAUCCAGUUCAUAUUUCCAUUCACAUUUAGAGAGCUGAAUGUGCUGAAAGAGAAAAAGUUCAGCUUGGUGGAACUUGUUCAUUAUUUCUUUACUGAAACCAAAGAAAUCUGCAGCUUUGAACAUUUCCAGGUUCUGUUCAUCUUUGAUGGCUUGGAUGAGAGUCGACUUCCUCUGGACUUCCACAACAAGGAGAUCCUGACUGAUGCUACAGAGUCCACCUCAGUGGAUGUUCUGCUGACAAACCUCAUCAGGGGGAAACUGCUUCCCUCUGCUCUCCUCUGGAUAACCACACGACCUGCAGCAGCCAAUCAGAUCCCUCCUCAGUGUGUUGGCAUGGUAACAGAGGUCAGAGGGUUCAAUGACCCACAGAAGGAGGAAUACUUCAGGAAGAGAUUCAGAGAUGAGGAUCAGGCCAGCAGGAUCAUCUCCCACAUGAAGACAUCACGAAGCCUCCACAUCAUGUGCCACAUCCCAGUCUUCUGCUGGAUCACUGCUACAGUUCUGGAGGAUGUGUUGGAGACCAGAGAGGGAGGAGAGCUGCCCAGAACCCUGACUGAGAUGUACAUCCACUUCCUGGUGGUUCAGACCAAAGUGAAGAAGGUCAAGUAUGAUGGAGGAGCUGAAACAGAUCCACACUGGAGUCCAGAGAGCAGGAAGAUGAUUAAGUCGCUGGGAAAACUGGCUUUUGAUCAGCUGCAGAAAGGAAACCUGAUCUUCUAUGAGUCAGACCUGACAGAGUGUGGCAUCAAUAUCAGAGCAGCCUCAGUGUACUCAGGAGUGUUCACACAGAUCUUUAAAGAGGAGAGAGGUCUGUACCAGGACAAGGUGUUCUGCUUCGUCCAUCUGAGUGUUCAGGAGUUUCUGGCUGCUCUUCAUGUUCAUCUGACCUUCAUCAACUCUGGAGUCAACCUGAUGGAAGAAACACAAACUUCUAAGAAGUCUUUUUCAGUUGCCAAACCUAAACUAAAAUCUCUCCAUCACAGAGCUGUUGACCAGGCCUUAGAGAGUCCAAAUGGACACCUGGACUUGUUCCUCCGCUUCCUCCUGGGACUUUCACUGCAGACCAAUCAGAGACUCCUACAAGGUCUGCUGACACAGACAGAAAGUAGCUCACAGACCAAUCAGGAAACAGUUCAGUACAUCAAGAAGACAAUCAGUGAGAAUGUGUCUGCAGAGAAAAGCAUCAAUCUGUUCCACUGUCUGAAUGAACUGAAUGAUCGUUCUCUAGUGGAGAAGAUCCAACAGUCUCUGAGUUCAGGAAGUCUCUCCACAGAUAAACUGUCUCCUGCUCAGUGGUCAGCUCUGGGUUUCAUCUUAAUGUCAUCAGGAAAAGAUCUGGAUGUGUUUGACCUGAAGAAAUACUCUGCUUCAGAGGAGGUUCUUCUGAGGCUGCUGCCAGUGGUUAAAGCCUCCAACAAAGCUCUACUGAGUGUCUGUAACCUCUCAGAGAGAAGCUGUAAAGCUCUGUCCUCAGUUCUCAGCUCCCAGUCCUCCAGUCUCAGAGAACUGGACCUGAGUAACAACAACCUGCAGGAUUCAGGAGUGAAGCUUCUCUCUGCUGGACUGAAGAGUCCAAACUGCAACCUGGAAACUCUCAGCUUAUCAGGCUGUUUGGUCUCAGAGGAAGGCUCUGCUUCUCUGGCCUCAGCUCUGACCUCCAACCCCUCCCAUCUGAAAGAGUUGGACCUGAGCUACAAUCAUCCAGGAGACUCAGGAGUGAAGCUGCUGUGGGCUGGACUGAAGGAUCCACACUGGAGACUGGAAGCUCUCAGGGUGGAGCCUGCUGGAGUCCGAUUCCUGACACCAGGUCCAUGGAGAUAUUCCUGUCAACUCACCAUCGACACAAACACAGUGAACAGAAAACUCAAACUGUCUGAAGACAACAGGAAGGUGACAUAUGUGAAGGAGCUUCAGUCAUAUCCUGAUCAUCCAGACAGAUUUGAUAACUGGUAUCAGCUGCUGUGUAGAACUGGUCUGACUGGUCACUGUUACUGGGAGGUUGAGUGGAGAGGAGGAGUUGAGAUAUCAGUGAGUUACAGAAGAAUCAUGAGGAAAGAAAAGAGUAGAGACUGUUGGUUUGGAUGUAAUGAUCAUUCCUGGAGUCUGAGAUGCUCUGAUGAUGGUUACUCUGUCUGGCACAAUGACAUACAAACUCGUCUCUCCUCCUCCUCUGUCUCUCACAGAGUAUCAGUGUAUGUGGACUGUCCUGCUGGCAUUCUGUCCUUCUACAGAGUUUCCUCUGACUCACUGAUCCUCCUCCACACCUUCAACACCAAAUUCACUGAACCUCUGAUUCCUGGAUUUACGGUCUGGCCCAUUUCUGGUUCCUCAGUGUUUCUGUGCUGAUUUGAGUCUAAAGAGUCUAAAUAUUUUAAAUAUUUUCUUCCUGUCAGAGAAACUCUCUCACUGUUGAACAGAUAGUUCAGUCUCUACAAUCUAUUUCUUGGUGAAAAAAUUCAGAUUGAAUCCUUGGAAACUUUUUAUUCUUCCAGUCCUUUAAAUAUGGAAGCUGGAAUUAUUCCAGGAUUAUUCCAGGAUCCUCAUGUUUUUCUGUUUGUUUCCAUUCAAAGCUUCACACUGAAUAUCAAGAUGUUGUUUUUUUCAUUCAUCAGAUUUCAUUGAAAUGUUGAUCAGUUUUUCUCAAUCACUGAUCAUUUUCUGUUUCUAUCGGCUCCUAUUUUUCUCAACAUGUCAGAUUUGAAUAUUAAAUCUUCCUUUUGUAAAUUUGCUGCAGUUUUUCUUCAUGUGUUUUAAAUAAAAACAUUUUUCUUCUG